UUAAUGGUCGACUGGAAUUCUGUCUAUUCUAAUCCACUCAGUAUAACAUUCUGCGUAUUUGUAGGAAAGCGAAAGUAAAAGCUUUCACCGUUCAAAUGGCAAGACCGCUAACUUCUCAAACAUGAAGACGAGCCUCGUUAUUUGCUUUGCUCUGUCGGUCGUUGUUCUCUCUAAUGGGCUCCAUGUGUUAGGCCCCUCUGGUCCUCUGGCUAUCCAACCUGGAGGCUCGGUGAUGCUGCCCUGUUAUGUUCAAACUCCCAUACCAGUGGAAGAGCUGGAAGUGGAGUGGAGAAGAACAGACUCUGAAACGAUUGUGCAUUUGUUCCAAGAUGGAGAGAGUCAACCAGAGUCUCAGGACCAGGCUUACCAUGAUAGGGCACACUUCUUUAUUGAGGACAUUGCCCGUGGCAACUUCUCUCUUUUACCUACAGAUGUGACCACUAAGGAUACAGGACUCUACAAGUGUGCUGUUUACAGAAACCAGGAAUCUAAUGAAACCUUGAUUGAAAUAAAGAUGAGUGUGUAUUUGACUGUGGCUGGAGGUCAUGUUGUUUCUGUAUAUGCGGGAGAGGACAGCACUCUGAACUGCUCUGUACACUCCCACAUCCCUCCUGAGGAGCUUGAAGAAGUCUCAUGGAAGAAAAGGAAAACAGAUGAAGACAUGGUAGUGUUGCAAUUUAUAAAUGGUCAGACUGUGCCAGAGUCAAUCCAUGAAACAUACAGAGACAGAGUUGAGCUCUUCAGCCGUGAGGAAAUCCACAAAGGAAACUUCUCGCUUAGGCUGAAGAACAUUCAGACUGAAGACAAAGGCUUCUACAUAUGUGAAGUAUUCCAUGAAGACUUAUCAGCUAACACCACAGUGGAAGUACAGCAGCUGGGUUUUUCCAAUAUGCAUACAGGGGUGUUGUGUUUCUGUAUCCUGGCAUUUGUACUUUUACUUGUGCUAGGUUACGCAGCAUACACUUCUAUAAAAAAUAACAAAAACACCAAAUCAGACUUGGCUCUACAGUGCACAUUUGUCUGCUGUCCAACCAUUGCUUUGGCCCUUGCCUUCAUUCUUUGGGGUGUGACUGAGGGGUUUCUUGCUGAGGUGGCUACUUGUUCAUCUCUGAAUCUUUUAAGGAUUCUUUCCCUGCUUUGGGUUAUUUCCCAUUUCAAGACAUUUCCGGCCAAUAUUGUCCUGGGAUUUAUUUUGUUGCUGCCUCUAUGCUGGUUACGUUUUCAGCAGGGGGUUCCAUGCUACAAGAGGUGAUCAUGACAGGCUACAAGAGGUGAUCACUUGAGGCAGCACCUAUGAUGCUUCACAGAAAAGAAGAGGUGAUCCACUACCGUAGGAUCUGCCAUUAAGAAGUUUUGCUCUGGAUAUCAGUUCUGUGUAUCUUGGAGAUCCUAAGUACAGUAAUAUCAGUCUAUCUUCAUAAUGAAUUAUUGGAAGG